UUGAUUGUAAUUUAUGGGAAGCACGAAUUUUGUGACAUUUCUUACGGGAACUCUGCACUCUCUCCAUCUCUUUCCCUAGAUCCAAAGAACGUUUACUCACUCUGCGUUCACACUUCCCUUCUUUGAUCUUCUCGCUUUCUUCGUCGAGGUGUUCUCAGAAAGAAUUGGAAGUUGUAUCUCAGUGAUCAAACUGCUGAGAUUGUUCCAGUAGGUUUGCUUUGGAAGUGAAGAUACAAGAAUGGUGAGAUCAUCGCCACGAAGAGGGCAGAGAUCAAAAGGAGUCUUGAAGGUGAAACACUGUGUUCAGCUGACGCUGUUGCUUGGUGUUGGGAUAUGGCUGAUUUAUCAAAUGAAGCAUUCACAUGAGAAGAAAGCUGUGUUUGAGGAGGGUUCAAAGAUCGCUGUUGAGGAUAAAGUGGUGAAGCUUGGAAGGAAAGAUCUUAAUCCGCGUGUUGAGCAGUCUACGAACCUGAAAGAUGAUGUGGAAGGUGAAGGGAGCAAGAAGGAGGAGAGUUUUAAUGGAGGAGGCUCAGGUACUGGUGAUAAGUUUGGUAAGGAGGCUGGAGAUGAGAGUGUAGACAGGGAGGAGGAAAGAGGCGAGGAGAGAUCGACUCAAGGGGAUAGUGAGAAGGAAACCGAAGGUACAGGGAAUGAAGAAAACAUCGAGGAUUCAAACAAUGAAGAAAGCGUGAAGAUGAUUGAAGAGAGUGAAGUUGGAAACGAGACGAGUAAUGAAGAAGCUAGAGAGAAGAAUUACAAGGGAGAUGAUGCGUCCAGCGAGGUAGUCCAUGAGACGGAAGAGAAGAGUGUGGAAAGUGAGGAAGAAAGUAAAUCCAACGGCACUGAGAAUGUUAGUUUCCAUGAAGACGAGUCAGGUCCCAAGGAUUCUGUUAUUAAGAAAGUAUCUUCAAACACAACUGAGGACAAUGGGGAGACUCGUAGUGAUGAUGGUGGGGAACAUGAGAGAAAGAAUGAGUCAGAUUCAAAGACAGAAACAGAGGAGAACACUAGCUCAUCUCUAGGUAAGGAGUCUGAUGAAACAAAAACUGAGAGUGAGAGUGAGAGUGUGGUGUUGGAGAAAGGGUUCUCUGAUUCUAAUGGUGAAUUGCCUGAGAGUAACCAGUCAACUUCCAAUGCAACUGAAACUACAGAAUCAACUGAAAAGACCAGCGAUGGAGAUGAGACCGGGAAAUCCACCGGUUAUCAAGAAACGAAAAACGAAGAAGACGAGAAGGAAAAGUUACAGUCUUCUGGACUCUCAUCUGAAGAGGAAAGUCAAAACAAAGAGUCCGAGAAAAAGGAAAAAGAAGAGUCUUCGUCCCAAGAAAAAAGUAAAGAGGAAGAACCUUCGAAAAAGGAGAAAGAAGAGUCCUCAUCCCAAGAGGAAGAAUCUGAGAAAAAGGAGAAAGAAGAGUCUGAGAAUGAAAACAAAGAAACUGAUAAAAAUGAGAAAGUAGAGUCUUCGUCCCAAGAGGAGCAUGAGAGCAAAGAAACCGAGAAAAGGGAGAAAGAAAAGUCCUCAGAAUCUCAGCAAAAGCAAAACGCCAACAGUGAAAAGAACAUUGAACAGGUGGUACCUACUGAUUCUUCAAACACACAGGAGAAGAGCGAGGAACCAAAAACUGACGAAAGCAAGAGUGUAUCUGGCAACGGGCAAAUCAAAUCAGAUUCUGAUAUAAAGGAAACAGAGGAUGACACUUCAAAAACAGAGUCGGAGAAAGUGGAAAACAACAAAAGUGGUGAAACAGAGAAGACGCAGAACGAUCAAGAACAUACCAAGUCCACUUCAGAUAAUAAUGUUCCUCAGGAUGUUAAGGAUGUUCGAAGUGAUCUGGACUCUCUUCCCAAGUCCAGUAAUGGUUUAACUAACGACAAAGUCGCUGCUGAGUGAU